AUGUCACAUGGUACAGAGGGGGUGGGUAUUGAGUUAGCUAAGCUUAGUACCUACUUGCACUGGUGGUGUGUUUUACUGUGCGGCCAUAUGGAUGUGACACCUUCAGAUGGCUCAGCGGUUGAGCACGAGGAAGAUCCGAAUGUGUGUGAUGAGGUGAAGGCUGAGGAGGAUGAAGUUCCUAUAAAUACAGCUACAGGCCGUAUGGAUGUGACGCCUUCAGAUGGCUCAGCGUUUGAGCACGGAGGAGAACCGUAUGAGUGUGAUCACGUGAAGAUUGAGGAAGAUGAAGUUCCUAUAAAUACAGCUACAGGGCAUCUAGAGAAAAACCCGGGCACUGGACUAUUAAAAGUGAAGGAAGAGGAUGAGACAGAUGAAAUACAUUGGUACCUCCCUGCCGACAACGAUAAGGCUGAUAAAGUGAAAGCUGAAAUAACAGAUGAUCUGUGUAUGAGGCCUCAGCUGGGAGUCCUGCAUGAGGAAGCCAGUUACAGUAUAAGGCCAGGUGAUGUUAAGAGUGAAGUCACACUUAAUGCUGAACAGACUAAUGAUCUAUAUGAACUGGACGUUUUGAAGCAGGAAAUGAAUGACAAUACAGGUGGGUGCACAUGCGUGAUGUGUCUGAGGGUUGCAUGGCACAGGCGAGUGUAUGUUUGA